CUCACUACAACUAUGUUUGUAUCUGCUGUAUGCAGUACUUAAUUGUAUAAAUCAUUUCUUACUACAACAGUAUGAUGAGUCUUUCAAUUUCCCAGCAUGCUCUGCAUUUUGAAGACUCUGGGUACAUUGAAGGUUUCGUUGUUCUGUUCGUUGUUCUGUCAGGAAAGAUGGAAAGAUCCUGUUGUUAUGAACUCACACAAGUAUUCAGUGUUGUUCUGCCCGUUAUUAACAGUGAUAUUGCCAGUUAUUUAAGGACAAAAACAACAGACUCAGGAACCUGAAUUCCUUGUCUUGCAGGAGAGAACAGUGUGUAAGAUCAAGCCAUAUGUAGUAGCUUAGUGUGUUUCUGCCCAUAGAUUCCACUGAAGGUACAGUCUGUGCCUGCACAAACAUUUCAGUUACAUAUUCCCAGCGUCAAACAUUCUCAACGCUUAAAGCUUCGUUGGUAAAGAGUAGAUUCGGGAUUGCUUAAGUUUAACUUGGGGUUGGUUGAGCGUCGUCGUCCUUUAAAUUUGAUCCAGCAGCGCGCCAAGAAGCAACAACCGCGCGCGUUGCGUUAAAUAUACGGAAUAUUCCGCCACUAACCAAGACGUCACUCGCAUGGCAAGGCAUUCAAUAAACCCAUUAGGUUAUUCCCAUUCAUGUAGCCAAGAGGGCAUUCUAGGGCUCCCUCCUUCAAUAUGCCUACGCCACGAACCGCGGCUGCACUAUGGAGAUGGUCGUAUUCGCGCUUAAGAGUCCCAACCCAGCCAAGACAUAGAUCGAUUCACCGACGGAGACAUUUCGGGGAGACAAGCAAAUACCUAAAGGUCUCGGAAGAGGUACAGGAUGCCGUGGCUUCAUCGAGACCCGUCGUAGCUUUGGAAACGACCAUUUACACGCAUGGAUUCCCAUAUCCCGAUAAUGUCGCUCUCGCGUCCCGCCUGGAGUCAAUUGUACGCCAGGGAGGCGCCGUGCCUGCUACUAUAGGCGUACUCGACGGCGUUGCUAGGGUGGGAAUGACACCCGAUGAGCUUGCCGAGCUUGCAUCUUCAUCCCAGACCCAAAAGGUUUUGAAGGUCUCCCGUAGAGACCUGGCAUAUAUCUGUGGCCUGGGUCUGAGCGGCAAGAAAAUGAACGGGGGCACUACAAUUGCCGGUACCAUGGUGCUGGCUCAUACUGCGGGGAUUAAAGUCUUUGCUACUGGCGGUCUCGGAGGUGUACACCGUGGCGGGCAAAACUCUAUGGAUAUUUCUGCCGACCUGACUGAGCUUGGGCGAACACCUGUUGCACUCAUCAGCUCGGGCUGUAAAAGCUUUUUGGAUAUCCAGCGGACGCUUGAAUAUCUCGAGACUGAAGGAGUACUAGUCGGAGCUUUUGCAGAUGGGCGCGAGGGAAACGUUGAUUUCCCUGCCUUCUACACCAGAAACAGUGGAAUAAGAGCGCCGAAAGUCAUCCACGAUGAAGCAGAAGCUGCUGCUAUCAUAUAUGCACAGUCACGUUUAAACAUAUCCUCAGGAUUGGUUUUCGCCAAUCCAGUGCCAGAGAAAUUUUCAUUCCCGAAACAGGAGAUUGAUGAUAUAAUUGAACAGGCCCUUGAGCUCUCUGAGCUUGAAGGGAUCCAUGGCAGUGAUAAUACCCCUUUUGUUCUAGCUAAAAUUAGAGAGUUGAGUGGCGGAAAAAGUGUGGCUACAAACACAGCAUUGGUUGAAAGCAAUGUAGAACGCGGAACCAAAGUUGCAGUUGAACUUGCCAAACUGGAAACGGGGCGUCCUCUUGAAGGGAAUCGACAUAUGUCAGGUUAUUUGGCAACUGCUUCGUUAUCGUCAGAGUCACCUCCAGCUCAAGAUGCCCUCAAACCUCCUAGUCCAGCAAUAGCUGAUCUCGAGCGACGCCCAGACAAGGUGGAGAAGACCAAUGUAUUAGUCGCUGGAUCGCUUGCUAUAGACUUUGCAUGCGAUUAUACGCCUGCAUCACAGAAAGGUGAUGGCAUCCCUGCUCUGCACACAUCUAAUCCAUCAAUCAUAAGACAAAACCUCGGGGGAGUCGGCCACAAUGUAGCUCUAGCUGCAAAUUACGUCGGCAGCUCAGUUCUCUUGUGCAGUGUCGUCGCGGAUGAUUUCAGCGGCCGCGCAGCUCUUGCUGCCCUGGAAAAUAGUCAACCCAACUUACAUUCUCAAGGCAUUCAGGUACUUAGUCCAGCUACUGGCUGCAGGACUGCGCAAUAUGUUUCUGUCAACGACGCGAAGAACAAUCUAAUGCUCGCCAUGGCUGAUAUGACAAUCAUGGAAGCACCGCAGCAAUCCCUUGAUUUCAACGCCUUCUGGGAUCCUCUCGUCCAGCGGGCACGACCAAAUUGGGUCGUUAUCGAUGCGAAUUGGAACCCAGAUGUCAUCUCGAAGUGGAUUUCGCUAGCGAAAUCCAACGGCGCCAAAAUCGCAUUUGAACCAGUCUCCGACGCAAAAUCCACCCGCCUCUUCACACGCUCGGUUUCAAACUUAAAAUCGAUCAUCCAGCCAUCAUUCACAAUUCCAAACCACACUAUCGACAUCGUGGCCCCUAAUCGCCACGAGCUGACAACCAUGUAUACAACAGCCCGGGAAUCUGGCCUCUUCGAAAGCGCUCAAUGGUGGGAAGUCAUCAACUCCUUAGAGAUGCCCAGUAGUGGCUCGCGUGAUCGACUGGUCUCGAUCACGAACUCUGAACUCGUCGACCAAGGGAUCCCCCAGCAAGCCAUUCAACUUCUUCCCUUCAUCCCGUGCAUAAUCUCCAAGCUCGGCCCGCAGGGUGUGUUACUUACUCAGAUCCUGCCGCCUGGUGAUGCGCGGCUUCGUUCUGCGGAUUAUGCACGGUAUAUUUUGGGCAGAUCCUAUGCCGAUGGCAAUAACAGCCCAAUCGGCGGGGUAUAUAUGCGUCUCUUCCCGCCGGCGGAAGUCUUGAAGGAUGCGGAUGUGGUGAGUGUUAAUGGGGCAGGGGAUACGUUGCUCGGAGUUAUUGUUGCGGGGCUUGCACAGGGUGAAGGGAGCGAUGAUGUCGGGUUAAGGAGGUUGGAUGAUAUCAUUUCUGUCGCGCAGCGGGCUAGUGUGGAGACACUGAAAAGUGCUGAUGCGGUGAGCGCGGAGAUUUCGAAGCUGGUAGGAUCGUUGCAAUGUAUAUAGGGCCUAAUCAGAUACCAAGUAAUAGAAUAGGGAUAAAUUGCCCUAAUUUUUCACACACAUGUAUAUACUUAAAUUAGCACUAAAAUACAUGUCUCAAAUUUAGAUACCCAUGCAGUAAUUCCA